GCUGAUUGUAAACAUAACCGUACGUUGCGUUGAUCGCAAUGUGCCGGCUUUCAAAAAUAAUAUCAGAUUCUCUCUCUCUGACUGCAGUAUAUUUUACUGGAAUAUUAAUCCUUCUAAUAAAUAUAGGAUAAUGUCGAUAUAUUCAUCUGCGAUUCAAUGAGAAGUUCGAGAACGUGAGAUAAUUAGUUAGGUUAGCCGAAGUGUGUUGGUGAAGAUGUUUGACGUGGCAUUUUUUCAAGCGUGCAGUUUUUUAUUUUGAUCACAAUUUAUUGAGUAUUUGAGUACGUUUUCAAAAUAACCAUGAACACAAUUUUGUCAACGUUGAUGAGAGGCGUCUUCUGGAUAAUUACCAAAAUAACCAAAUGUCUCGAGAUUCUCGUUCACAUAGAGGUGGACUAUGAUGUUUUUACGAAAUUCUUGUUUUACACGUUUCUUGCAAGCACUGCAUUCCUUUUCUGGUAUUUGAAUGGUAUCCAAUCGGAUUAUUACAUCGAUGAGACUUUUCACGUGCCUCAGACGUUACAAUAUUGUGCAUGGAAUUUUACGGAGUGGGAUCCUAAAAUCACUACGUUACCAGGCUUAUACUUUAUUACCAGUGCGAUAUUGUCUCCUUUUAAUCUUUGCGACAUUACUUACAUGAGAGGUAUAAAUGUACUUGGGGCUUUCACAAAUCUCUAUCUUUUUUUUAACAUUAUAAAGGAGAAUUGGAAGACCCAGACUGAUUGGUGGAACAAAUGGUCGAUUAUCGGACUGAUGUAUAAUCUUACUCUUUUUCCACCAUUGUAUUUUUGGUCCUUUUUUUAUUAUACGGACGUUAUGUCUGUGAACAUGGUGCUUUUAAUGUUUUAUCUGCACCAAUGUAAGUACACAAUGAUGGUGGCUCUUGCAGGUUUCCUAGCCGUGCUCAUUCGUCAGACGAAUAUUAUUUGGCUCGGUUUCUUUACUAUAGAACGCGCAUUAGAUAUAUUUGAUAGCAGGAUAAAGGAGCCUAUCUCGCCUGAAAAACUCAGUACUUCAUUGCACUUUCUUUUAAUUUGGAGACAACUAAUGUACGAAUUGCGCAAAGGUCCGCUGUCCUUCGUCAAGUUUGUUGCACAAAUAUGCGGUAGUCUACUUCCUUAUUUAACGGUAUGCCUCAUGUUUGUUGCUUUUGUCGCGUGGAAUGGAGGCAUAGUGGUCGGCGAUCGUAGUGCCCAUGUUGCAACGAUCCAUGUUUGUCAGAUAUUUUAUUUCUCCGCCUUUGUUUCUCUGUUCUCAUGGCCGUACGUUAUACCUCAUUGGCAAAUGUGUUUGCGAUUCCUUCAUCAGCAUUGGAUUUUCGUGAGUAGUGUUGUCGCGUUGAUGGCCGCAACGAUAUGUUCCAAUACGCUCGUUCAUCCGUACAUUUUGGCUGAUAAUCGACAUUACUCGUUUUACGUGUGGAAUCGAUAUAUGAGCCGAUACGCGGAAUUCAAAUAUAUGUUGAUACCGAUUUACUGCGCGAGCUUGUUCGCCAUGUCACGGAACAUUGCUCAUUUGAGAUUUCUCACACAGAUUAAUUAUGUUAUUUGCGUGUGCGUGAUGCUAAUGCCUCAAUUACUAGUAGAACCGCGUUACUUCAUCCUCCCGUACAUAUUUUACCGUUUAAAUAUGAAAAGGCCAGAAAGGUGGCAGAUUCUUUGUGAAUCCUUUACGAUACACGCUAUCAAUUUUUUGCAUAUUACAAUUUUCGCCACCAAAGUAUUUUAUUGGAAGGAUCUGCCCUAUGCCCAGCGAAUUUCCUGGUGAAAUUUACGACGUUGAAUGUACAAAAUAAAAAAGAAUAUUUUUAUGUAAAGUAUAUCGACACUUGAGCCAUAGAAAGUGUACAUUGAAAAAAACAUGAAGAAAAGUCUAUCAAGAAAUGAAAAGUGGUCUAUUUUGUGUUCAGUUUAUGUCGAAACACAUACGAAGUACAGUUUAUAUCGAAAAAAUAAGAAGAACGGUUCAAGUCGCAUAAAAUUAGAAGGGUCUGUGUAGCGCAAUAUUAUUAUUUAUAAAUUACACGAAUUUAGUUAUGGAAACUUAAAUAAUAUAUGAAUAAAUGAGUGCGAGAAACAGGAUUGAAAAUCAUUAGGAUGAUUCCCGUUCUCAAUCAUACCACUAUAAAAUUUAUGAGAAAAAAAUAUAUUGCGCUAUACAACCUCUUGUUCUAACAGUUUGUUAAUUGUAAUUUCACGGCAUAUAAGUAUAUUUAUCAUCAGCGCACAAUACAUUAACCAGUUCAUUGAUAAUUAUUCAUAUGUGAAUGAAAAAAAGUCAUCAUAUGUUUUUUGAUCAUGUUGGAUUCGCUAUUUUGAAAUUUCGAUCCUGAAUUCAUCACCAGUAAUUCAAAAAAAUCCUUGUAGUUGAACUUUCACGUAAAAUACGAAAUUAUUCACUUUUAUUUUGACAAAACAUUUCGAGUUUACAGUGAACUGGUUAAACGUAUUUGGACCAGCUCUAAGCUCAGUGAAUUUUUUGAUAAAUUUAUGACAAACACGAAAUAAAUUCUAUUUUCAUAUAAAGUAUUCAAUAUCUUCCUCAGUGUUUCUAUUUCUAUGAACAAUGUCGACUUAGAAAGACAAGACUAAAGGAAAGAUAUUAAGAGAGAUAAUUACUUGGAACAAUAGUUUAUUGUUCAUAACUGAAACUUGUGGCAAAACUGCUAGAUGUCUUUGUACAGCAACAGCUUGUCAAUUUAUAAUAUAAUUUUACGGCACGAUAUUAUCGUCAGCGCACAAUAUAUUAAAUGUAUUCAAUCGACGACCGAGAACUUUUUAUAUUUCUAUUACAUUUCUUCGUUAUUUUGUCGUAUAUUAUCAUUUCCUUAUUGAAUAUAAAUGUUGCGCGUAAUGUUAUAGUAAGAGGUACCGAGAUGCAAUUUGUGAAUCUUCUUCACUUAUUCUAAAAUUCUUUUUUGUUGAUAGUAAGAAUUAUGUUUUGAGAAAAUCAGGUCUGAUACAAAAAUAUCUUUGUAAGUAAAUUCCGCAAAAAUGAAAAGAAUAUUAUACGCAUCAGAACACAAUUUUGAGUCUGUAUUCCGAAUUUGCAAAAAAUACUAAACUGGAAAAAACAUGAAUUAAAUCAUUCUUAUUAUAAUAGAAAAAAAUAGCAAGGGAAAUAUGUGUGCACUGUAAUUUUCAUUCCAUGAAAAAGUACUCCUAUCUUCUUCAAUUCUUUCGGAUCUGGUGAUAUGAAUAUAUAUAUAAAACAAAAGAUUAAUUAUUUUGUUUAGAAAUAAAGAUUUAUAUAUACAAUUUCCGGCUUGCACAUAUACACUCAGCCUCUGGAUUGCCGGAAAUUUGAGCAUUACUCGUGAUGGAGGCGUUUUUAUCUGCCUAUAUCACGUAGAACUGAUAUUAUAAAA